GAAUUUUGAAAUAAACUAAGCAUUGUCGUAGUCUGGAAGUUAUCAGAACUUUUACAUAUGCAAACCAGAAUAGUCACAACAGCUCUUGAUGGUCUCGAAGCAGCCUGAGAUAAAAUGGGCUUUUCGUCUCACCCCAUGGCGCUGUUGGGGUCUAAUUCUCCCUAAAGCCCGAGGAUCUGUUGUGAUCAAAAGCGUUGACGCCUUUGUACCGUUCAGAGGAAUAAAUCGUCGCGGGAGUGGUUCUUCCGGGCGUCCUGGGUGGUUCCCCCCCAGUUCUCAACGGGUUCUCAGCGCUACGAACAAGGUUCGGAGACCUCUUUAG